AUGCGGGCCAACCUCUUGGUGGAGGGCGAGGGUGUCUGCCACAGGGAAUGGCCUCUUCACGGCGAUGUGUCACGCGAGGCCAACCGCGGGAGCGAUGCUCAAGUCGGUCGAUUGCAAGAACUGGCGAAUACUCCGGGCGGUCCUCCGUAUCUGCGCAUCACCGGCAUCGAUUCUCCAUUACCAGGGGGUGGCAGCGCCAGCGACGUGGGGUGCAUGCUCCGGGAGUACGCGCAGUCGAUCGGGCUGCCUUUCAAGUUCCGGGCCAUGUCGAAGAAGUGGGAGAACAUCGAUGCAGCAACGCUGCUCCUGAGUGACGAUGAAGUUCUAGCCAGGAACCAAGUCAAUCUCAUGCUGAAUUCCACGUUGUGGAGGACCAACUUGCUUGACGAAUCCAUUCUCGCCGAGAGCCCGAGGAAAGUGUGGCUCAACUGGGUGUGGAGCUUGAAUCCCAGAGUGUUCGUCCAGGGGAUGAACAACGCGAGCUACAACGUCCCCUUCUUCAUGACGUGGUUCCUCGAGGCGCUGACACACUUUACACUGCUCUUCGAAGCCAUCGAUUGCUGCUCGCAGCCGGAGAGCAAGGAGCGGCACUUGCUGGAGCAGGAGAAGAACGGGUGGGAGAUCGUCAACAUCGUGGCGUGCGAGAGAUUGGAGCAAGUGGAGCGAGCGGAGACUCACAAGCAGUGGCACUCGAGGACGCAGUGA